UACAUAAAAGGACAGUCAUUUCCUGUUGCUUAAUUAAGUGAAGCGAGUAUCAGAAACUGCCGAAAGCUUAUAGCUCAACUCUAUUGCCGUAUAUAAUUGUCAGAAUAUUAUUACCAUGACUGACAGCGAACGCAAGCGCCGCCCCGCGGGCAACCCCAUGGACGGCACUCCACAGCCCAUUCUCGAUUUCCUCGACAAGCUCCACGAGCUAUCUCUCGAGCAGGAGCGAAAGUGGACUCGGGAUGACUUUGAUGGCAAGACCGAGGCUGAGAAGACGGCCUUUGUAGCCGACAAGUUUGUGGCUCUGGAGAAGGAUAAGGCUCACUUCGUCUACUCAAUGGCUCGGGCCAUUGAUGCACGAACUAUUGUUGAGGCCGGCACAUCUUAUGGUGUCAGCACCAUUUACCUUGCACUUGCAACCGCUGCAAAUGCUGCGUCCGGACAGGGUAAAGGCGCUACUGUGAUUGCUACAGAGCAUGAGCCGGCCAAGGCAGCCAAGGCCCGCGAGUACUGGGCUGAGUGCGGCGACGAGGUGAGCUCUGUUAUUGAUUUACGAGAGGGCGACUUGCGCGAGACAUUGAAGGAGAACAUGGAAGACGUCGAUAUGCUUCUUCUUGAUAUAUGGACACCUAUGGUGAUGCCCACGCUUCGCCUGGUGCAGCCCAAGUUGCGCCGCGGUGCCGUCAUCAUUGCAGAUAAUACAACUGUGGCCGAGGGCUAUGAUGACUUCAUUGCGUACAUGCGCGAUCCCCAGAACGGAUUUGUCAACAUUACCGUUCCUUACUCGAAUGGAUUGGAGAUGAGCAUCUAUCAGCCCAAGAAUUGAGUCUACGCCUGAAACAAGGUAGAAGUCAGAAAUAUAUACACUCCUUUUUAUUUAAAAGUUUUAUAAAACAGGGAAAGAAAUAUGCUUUAGCAUGUGGUAUCUCGAACAUUGAAAAGAAAAUUAUGUGCCAAUGCAAGUCAUUACUCGCGGCACCCAAGAUAUACACCAUAUUAAUCCGAUCUCAUCAGAGGCAUUACAGUCGUUCCAUCCGGCAGCUUCAUCUUGCCAUCAUAAAUCCAAUCUUCCUCAAUGGCUCCGCGUCGGAAGUGGGCUGUGAGGUGCUGAGCACGCUCAUCCCACGUUGUCAUUUUCACCUGGCAAAAGCCGCAUUGGCUGUGAAUCACUUCAUGUCGGUGUUGUAGAAUGCUUAGAUCUGGCUGCCAGCCUGGCCAUUUCUUGCAGUGGUGGAACUUCAUCAGGUGUUGCCAAACGUGGUCUUUUCUAGCAAACGUGCGCUCGCCAUCUGAUCGUUCCGCGCAAGAGUUCCAUUCGUGUGAUUGAAUAUGUUCGUGGGUUGGAUUAGCGUCGCCGCAAAAUAUACAUUCCGGCGAAGUCUGUCCAGGUCGCCAGAGCAAAAAUGAUUGGUUUGGGCUCAAAGGAAUCCCACAGACAUAUGUAUCAAGUCCUGGCACAUGCACAGAACGCUCGUGGCGAACCCAGUCGUAGCGUUUGCGGAAGCGCUGCCAACAAAAGGUACACCGAAAUACAACUGGACCUGUAAAGUCGGAUUUUGUACGUGCAUUGGCCAUUUCUGGAGCGCCUUCAUCAAAGGAUCCAGGGUUGGAAAGGUUAAAAUGCAUUUCGGAGGACUGCUGGGAAUGUGCGGAUGAGCCGGAUAUGGACGUCCUCUCGUUUUGACUUUGCCCUGGAUAGCCUGGGUACAUGAAGCCAUCAUCACUAAGAGACGAUACGGAGCCAUCUCUUGGUGCAAAUUUGCCUCCUAUUUCCUCCGUAUUUACAUGCGGUGAGGUGCUAGCCCGGGCCGCAGACUGGAUCGCUGUGGCGCUGGUCGGUUCGUCGCUGGGUGGUGAGUUGCGCCAGCGGUCAAUGGGGGACAUAUUUUGAGGGAAUAGAGCUGUGGGCAUUGGCGAUCCUUGGCGGAACACCUGAGCGCUGUUGAAAAGUGACUGCGCGGACAUGCGGUGUCGUCGCCGUGCGUUUGCAAACCAGUUGACUACCUGCGUCUUGGUAAGUCCACAUGCCUCGGCAAGCUCGCUCUUCUCAUCUUCUGACGGAUAGGGGUGAUCUAGGUGACUGGCAAACCAAUUUGACAGCGGUCGUGUCUUUUUGGCAGAUCGUGUGCUGGAUCGUUUGGAAACGACAUUAAUUGGCGCGCUUGGCGCAGCAGCGGACUGGCCCAGCGUCGGCUCUUCGACAAAGGUCCCCAGAUUCGACUCCUCGUUUACGCCAUGAAGAUGCCCAAUGACCGGUUUUGUAGUUUCAAAACUUGAGGCCUGACGCUUUGCUUUCUCCGCCAAGCUGCAGUCCCUGUAUAAAGCAACGCAGCUUGAGCAUGAGGUAACUGGAUUCGGAUUGGCUGAUGUCGUCUGAAGAAUUAAACAUUGCAAUCUCUGCCUUUUGCAUUGCACACAGGGAAAAGGCGGUCUAUAUGCGCCAUUCUUGAUGAAGAAUUCGUCGAUAAUAGCGCCCUUGGAUUCUAGUUGAUUAGGUUGGGUUGGUAGGUUCAAGGCUGUGCUUGGUGUGUGCGGCAUGCCACUGCUACCAGGCUGCGGAAUUGCGCCCAACUGGAAACCGUUUGCAUUGUUUGCUCCUUGGUCAAGAUCAAAUAAAGGGUCAAAGAAGGGGGUGUCCAAAGGAGGCAUGGCGAAGGUGCCAUCCAAAAGGUUGGGAGCAGUAAAAACGUGGUCUAUGAACGAAGUAGCGGCAGCAGCGUCGUGGCUCGGGGAGGUGGUGGAAGCGAGAGACUGGUCCUGGGACUCAUCUUGGUCCAUAUCUAGCGACGAUAGAAACGGUUCAUAGACAGCUGCAUCAACCUCUGGUAAGAAGAGAUUGUUUAGCGUGGGAUCCAUGUUUGUCAGAAGGCGCACAGCACCUUAUGCCGUAUCAUGGAGCUAGGAAGGUUAGAGGCAGCCCCAGGGAGUGCAGCCUGUGGGCAGACCAGGAGGGGGGGAAGGGGGAAUCUAUCGUCCAGGGGUGGCUAAAAGUCGAAUGUACGAGGAACGCGAGGCAGCUGAGCCAGGCCAACGUACGGUCGAGGAAUAGUGGUGAUGCGGCGUGUAGGUGGGGGAGGGUGUGUCUGAGAGAGGGGACAAGUCAGCCCUGGGGAAGCCGGCUGUCCCUGGGUUUGGUGACCGCUUAGGCGAUUGACAGUGGAAGUGCGUCGGAUUGCAGUUGUUGUCUGGAUGGCCGAAACGCCAUGCGAGGAGAUUGCAGAUGGGCGAUGACGCAGAGAGCAGCCCAGCGAAACGAGAGACUGCCUGCGUGUUGUUGGA